AUGAGUCGCGAGGGUUUCCUCAUCCAGACAAAACCAGCGACUCAAGACGGGCCACGGAUUAAUAUGAUUAUACGACCAGCCCCUGGCGGGCCAUCACCAACCACGAGUGCCUCAACCUCCUCGACCCAGCCGCCCACCUCCACCCCAUCCGCCUCAACAUCAACCCAAAUGCAGUCGAAUGGGGCUGGGACGCCGCGAUCCCAGAUACGGCUUGUACCCUAUACAACAGCAGGAGACCGCACGGCUCAAACCAUCCCACGCCAAACCUAUCGCAUCAAGGGCGGCGACAAGUUACCACAGCGUCUGAUGAAAUUGUACGACGGGCCGGCCAGUUGCAGCGGUGACGUGAUCAAGGCCGGCAACCUCAUCCUCAAGCCGACGCCCUCAUCCGGACAUCUUCGCGUCGUCGCCGCCGCCUCGUCGCAUCCGACCACAACCCAGGCGCCAUCACAAAUCAUGCAGAACUUGCAAAUACGGCCCCGCCCGAUGCAAUGGAACGGGCAGCCGAUGCAGGGCGGCUCGGACUCGUCGACGACCCCCGAUUCGGGCAUUCAAUCCGUCCCCGGCACCCCAAAUGCCGAAGUCCUUUCCCCGCCAAAUGUUGAUCUGCAAGAGAGCCUGAGCAGUACCGAGGAUCCGUACGAUGAGGCUGAUUUUGCCGAUAUGCCAAAGCUGCUCCCAGCCGAUCAGGAGCCGGAAGUUCCGCCCUCAACCUCCCUGGAAGAGCCACCACUCGCCGAGCCGGGCCCUUCACGCGUCGUUGUUGAAGAAUCCGUGGAUUCAUCGGCCCAUGGUUCAGAAUGUGAGCAGCCACCGGUGCCCUCGAUCAACAUCUCGCCCGGCAUGGACCCCAACACAAUCGCUGAAAUAUUGGCUAGUAAUAUGGACGCCGAACAAAUCAAACGAAUCACGGAUCUGAUGCGACUAAAAGCAAAAGAAGGCGUGACAAAGGAACGCUUACGCUCUGAAUCUCGGGGUAGCUCUGUCAAUGACGAUGGCAAUCAACGAAAACAGCGGCCCGAGAGCUCGGCCUCCGAGGAAUUGAAGCGCAGCGAGGAGGAAGGCCGCCAAAAGGCCGAGGAGGAGCCGGAGCGGUCAAACACGAAAGUUGCGAUUAAAAACGGCAAACACCCGAAGGGAAAGAACAAGCGCCUCCCACCCGCACGGCCACAGCGCGGACGCCGGAAAGUGGAAGAGACCCCCGAAGAAGCUCAUGAUCCCCUGCAACAACCAUCGACGAGCAAGACCCCAGAUGACGCCUCGCCGGCCGAGUCGUCGAAUAGCGGCGCGCACGACGAGGAGCCCGAGCCCGAGCCGGUAGAAGUGCCGCCUUGUGUCUUCGCAUAUCGAGAAGCUGCUCGUCGUCAAUUGAGGCAGCAUAUUGACCAGCUCGUCGCGCAGUCGAUCGAUCAGCUGGCCGCGAUGCGCAUCUCUGCAAAGAGCCACAAACGGGCCCCAACCCCGAAAUUCCCCCUGCGAAUCGCCUGGGAUUUGAUCAAGGAGGAGCCGCCGGCGCCAAAAAUGAAGAUGCGAGAGCGUUCCAUCAAAAAAGAAACCCCACAACCCUCGGCGUUAAAAGAAGAUACGCCAGUUCGUCAUUCUCCUGCCCCUCGCGGCGUGGAACGAUCAAGAGGUUAUAUCAAGCUGCCGAAGCCCGUCCAGAAAAAGCCGACGAAUCCAAGCCCCUCACCCCAGCCCGAGCCAAAGCCCACCGCCAGAAAGCCGAAGGUGAAGCCCGUCGAGCCGGAUGAUUUUGAAGAAAUGCAAACCAGCUUGGCCCUCGGCUCAACGCGACCCCCCGGCUGGAUCCACCCCCCACCCCCAGCCCCAUGUGGGUGCAAACGGGUCUGUGGCGAGAAUUGUCUCUACCGCAUGAUUCGCAUCAAAUGUACACAAAAGUGUACGGCUGAGACGUGCCACAACAAGGCAUUCCCACCACAAAACCCCUCGCUAUAUGUUGGAAAACGGGGGAAAGGCCCCGAGAAGGAGCCGCGCGAGCAGCGCCUCGGCCUCUACUCACAUGCAAAGCUCGAGCCCAAGACGUUCUUGUGCGAGUUUGCUGGAGAGGUGAUCGACGUGCACGAGAUGCAGAAGCGGACGCGCGAGCGGUACGGCCGUAGAAUGGUGCGCGCGAUGGCGCUGGCUUCACGGAUUUUCGUCGACGCCACCGAGAAGGGCAAUAUUGGGCGCUUCGUCACCCAUUCUUGCAAUCCGAAUGCCGAGAGUCAGAUAUGGCUUGUCGGCGGUAGACUAAAAGCCGGAAUCUACACCACCCGCCACAUCGAACCGAAUGAGGAAAUUACGAUCUCGAUGGCCCGAAGACAUCCCGACGAUUUCCGGUGUCACUGCGCCGAGUGCCGCUCCCAGAAGCGCUCAAAAGUGGUGGCCGGGGCUCGCGUCGCCUGUCUCGCACAACUCAUCACAAUGACCGAGGAGGAGAAGCGUAAAGCCCGUGCUCUAAAGUUGCUCGUGCCCAGAAAUACAAACUCGUACGGCGACCAGCACGCUCGGGAUAGUGCCCCCGUUCGUUUGAUGGCCCCGGAGAAGAUUGGUGGGAAAGGAUCGCUGCAGUCAAUGCGACAUGUUAGUUUU